CUUGGCACAUGGGUGCCUGGGGCUAUUGAGUUACUUGGGUUUGAAGUCUCCAAUGUCAAAUGUGAAAGCAAAGGAAUGAAGUAUGACCAGAAGGGAUUGUUCGUGUCUUUCUACUGUGAUUUGUCAAUUUUCAUGGAAAGAUGACAUUCAUUUUCCUCGGACUAAUAAAGCUUAGCUACCUUUACUUUCAAAAGCAGAAUCAUGGAUUCUACAAUUUAAUUUAUCAAUAUUACUGCUUCCUAUUUCUUCAUUAACUUCUUAUCUUCUGUCUCAUUUCUUAGUUCUCUGAACAAACCUCAAACCUCUGGUGGAACUUUGAUACUCUUGAGGUAAGGUGGUAAUCUCCUCUCUGAGUUUUAUUAUGUUUCAGGAAAUGGGUCGAGCAUGUUGUGUUCUUCAUUCUUUUUUCUGAAGUUUCAAGUUGUUUGAUUCUGUCUUUAGUGUCCUCUGUAAUGACUAUGGCUCCAAUUGUAGUUGAAGGAGGACCUCUAGAACAUGGGCUUGACCAUUUUUUAUUGCUUAAUGCUUCGGAGUUUGAAUAACUAUGUUUCAGGAAAUGGGUCGAGCAUGUUGUGUUCUACAUCCUUUUUCUGAAGUUUCAAGUUGUUUGAUUCUGUUUUUAGUGUUCUCUAGACUAUGACUCCAAUUGUAGGUGAAACAGUGCCUUCAGAACAUGGGCUUGGCCAUUUUUUAUUGCUUAAUGCUUUGGAUUUUGAAUGACUAUGUUUCAGGAAAUGGGUCGAGCAUGUUGUGUUCUACAUACUAUUUCUGAAGUUUCAAGUUGUUUGAUUCUGUUUUUAGUGUUCUCUGUAAUGGCUAUGGCUCCAAUUAAAGUUGAGGCAGGGCCUCUAGAACAUUGGUUUGGCCAUUUUUAUUUAUUGCUGAAUGCUUUGGAGUUUGAAUGAUCUUGUUUUUCAUCCUUAUUGAAUUCACAGUUUGGAUUAGCUGGAGGAAAUGGGGAAGACUAUUAAUCUUUCUGGGUUUCCUUCUUAUGUGACUGCGGAAGAAGUUAAGGAAUUUUUAGAGGUUCACACUGGCAAUGGAAGUGUUUAUGCACUAAAAAUAAGACCACCCAAGAAUCAAAGGUCAGAUAAGAAAUCAUUUGCCUUUGCUAUUGUGCAAUUCACAACUGCUAUGAGUGCUGAACUUAUAACCUCUUUGGUCAAUGAGCGCCUGAAUUAUGGGAGUUAUUAUCUGAAGGUUUGGGAUGUGGAACGUGAUAUAAUAGCUAAUCCAAGGUCCUGGAUUCUCACUUUGGAGCAUAUAAGAUUGCAUUUUGGCUGUCAAAUUUCAGGUGACCAAUUCUGUGUUCUCUGUACAAGACAGGAUGUAAUGGUGAACUUUGGUUUUGACCCGAGGAAAAUAUACUUCUUCUUGUCUUAUGGUGGUAUUGAGUAUAAGCUUGAACUCUCCUACGAGGAAAUCUGGCAAAUCCAGCUUCGUUCUCCGAAUGGUCAAUCCAGAUACAAGUUUCUCCUAAUUCAGGUGCUUGGUGUUCCUCGGAUCUAUGAGAAACCUGUACGUUAUUCAGGGCUUUUGUUUGAAGAUUCGAUUUUAAACUAUUUUAAGGAUGCUUCAGAUGAUCAGUGGGAUAGAACAACAGAUUUUACACGCUCAUGCUGUAUUGGACAAUCUUCUGCCAUGUGUUUGGAGCUUCCAUACAGCUAUGCACUUCCAGAUUUCAAAAAACAUUUUGUCCACUAUAAAGAAGAUAAAGGUCAGUUCAUCUUGAAGACUGGAUCAGUGUUCUCCAAUAAUUUGGAUCUAGUCCCCAUUGUUGGACCUCCUGAUGUACCCGAGUUGCAGAGAUUCCCAUAUGAAAUCCUGUUUAAGGUCUGUUCCUUGGUCCAGAAUGGAUGCCUAGCGGGGCCAACUCUUGAUGCUAAUUUUUUCAAGUUAGUUCACCCUGCUUUCAUUCCAGUUAAAUACAUAGAGAAUGCCUUGGAGAAGCUGUAUCAUUUGAAAGAAUGCUGCUAUGAACCUGUUGGGUGGAUUCAGGAGCAAUAUGGAAGAUACCGCAGAUGCAAUCGUACACCAAGUUCCCCUUCUAUUACUUUGGAUGCUGGCUUGGUAUAUGUUCGAAGGGUUCAAAUGACCCCUAGUAAAGUGUACUUUUGUGGUCCAGAAGUUAAUGUUUCGAAUCAUGUGCUACGCAAUUACCCUAAUUACCUUGAUAAUUUUAUCCGUGUAUCUUUUGUUGAUGAGAAUUUGGAUAAAAUGCAUUCAACAGAUUUAUUUCCAUGUACCACCAAAGAAAGACGUACUAGAGUUUAUAAAAGGAUACUUUCUACUUUAAGAAAUGGUAUAGCUAUUGGAGAAAAGAGAUUUGAACUUCUUGCCUUCUCAUCAAGUCAGUUGCGCGAUAAUUCUGCAUGGAUGUUUGCGAAAACGGAUGAUGGGCUUACAGCAGCAGGGAUCAGAGAUUGGAUGGGUGAUUUUUGUGAAAUAAGAAAUGUGGCAAAAUAUGCUGCAAGAUUGGGCCAAUCUUUCAGCUCUUCCAUUGAAACUCUUAACAUUUAUAAGCAUGAGGUUGAAAUUAUCCCUGAUAUAGAGUUGGAAAGAGGACAGAUGAAGUACAUUUUCUCAGAUGGAAUUGGUAAAAUUUCUGCCGAUUUUGCAAGGAGAGUUGCAAUAAAGUGUGGAUUAAAAAGUUAUAUUCCAUCUGCCUUUCAAAUAAGAUAUGGUGGUUACAAGGGUGUUGUGGCUGUAGAUCCUACAUCUGCAAUGAAAUUAUCCUUGAGAAAGAGUAUGUGCAAGUAUGAAUCACGGAAUACCAAACUAGAUGUUUUGUCAUGGAGUAAGUAUCAGCCUUGUUUCCUUAAUCGCCAGAUAAUCACUCUUUUGUCAACACUUGGAGUGAAAGAUCAUAUUUUUCAGGAGAAGCAGAGGCAAGCUGUAGACGAACUGGAUGCUAUUCUAAUCAAUCCUAUAAGGGCAAAGGAAGCACUUGAGCUGAUGUCUCCAGGUGAAAACAGUAAUGUUCUCAAGGAAAUAUUGAUGUGUGGCUACAAGCCUAGUGCUGAACCAUUCCUCUCGAUGAUGCUACAAGUAUUCCGGGCAGAAAAGCUUCAAGAACUGCGAACAAAGACAAGGAUAUUUGUUCCAUAUGGACGAUCAUUGAUAGGAUGUCUGGAUGAAACUCAAACCUUGGAAUAUGGGCAAGUAUUUCUCCAAGUUUCUAGCAUUUGGCGUAAAAGAUUUCAUGAUAACUUCCUUUUUCUGUUCGGUGGAAAUGAUUCGGACCAGAAAAAAAUUAUUGUUAAGGGAAAGGUAGUUGUUGCUAAAAACCCAUGCUUGCAUCCUGGUGAUGUGCGUAUUUUGCAUGCCAUUGACGUCCCAGCAUUGCACCAUCUGGUGGAUUGCAUUGUUUUCCCACAAAAAGGAGCAAGACCACACCCAAAUGAAUGUUCAGGGAGUGAUUUAGAUGGAGAUAUAUAUUUUGUAAGUUGGGACCCUGCACUUAUUCCAUCUCGUCAAAUCGAACCCAUGGAGUAUGUUCCAGCACCAACUAUUUCCCUAGAUCAUGAUGUUACAAUUGAGCAAGUUGAGGAGUACUUCACAAACUUCAUAGCAAAUGAAAGCCUUGGAAUCAUUGCGAACGCUCACACAGCAUUUGCUGACAAGGAACCAAACAAGGCAGAAAGUGAUAAAUGUAUAGAGCUUGCAAAGCUAUUCUCAAUUGCCGUCGAUUCCCCAAAGACUGGUGUGCCAGCAGAAAUUCCAGCUGAUCUACAUGUCAAGGAGUAUCCAGAUUUCAUGGAAAAGCUUGACAAACCAACCUAUGAAUCGCCAAACGUGAUUGGAAAACUUUUUAGAGAGAUAAAAGACAAAGCAUCAUACUCAUCCUUUACAAGAUUCACUCGGGAGGUGGCAAGGAGAUCUUAUGACCCUGACAUGUUAGUUAAUGGGUUUGAGGAUUACAUUGAUGAUGCUUGCUAUUAUAAAGGUGAGUAUGAUUCCAAGUUGGGAAACCUAAUGGAUUAUUAUGGGAUCAAAACUGAGGCAGAGAUACUUAGUGGGAGUAUCAUGAAGAUGGUGAACCCUUUUACAAAGAAACAGGAUUCAGAGGCAAUUGGAUUGGCAGUUAGGUCUUUAAAAAAGGAGGCAAGAAGAUGGUUUGAUGAGGGACUUGGGCCAGGUUCAUCUCCUGAUGAGGUAUAUGCUAAGGCAUCAGCUUGGUAUCAUGUAACAUAUCAUCCUGAUUAUUGGGGAUGCUACAAUGAGGGAAUGAAUAGGGAUCAUUUCCUUAGUUUUCCAUGGUGCAUCUAUGACAAGUUGAUAAAGAUUAAGAAGGAGAAGCAGCAUCAAAAGGUAGCUUCAUUUAUCAUCGCAGAAACGCCAUUUUGCCAAUGGUUUCAGGCUCAGUUGAAAAGCAAGGCUUCCUUGCUUAAAUUUCUGAUGGUGAUGGUGCUUAUUUUGCUGUAUGUUUGGAUUGGGUAAAGCCAUCUAGGUGUGUAAAAAGUUGUGGCUUGAAGGAACUAUGAAUGGGAUGUAAAUAGAGAGGGGCUUGACCAAACUACUGAAUUUGGAAUUUUUAGUUUUUGAUACUAAUAUAAAUGUUUGAAUACCAUAAAA